GCGGCUCCCGCGUUCGUCCGACACCUAGCUCGAGCUGCUCCCCAGGCGGUGGAGGUGAUGAUGGCGGCGGCUGUAGAGAGAGGAGUCGUCCGGGCCGCUCUCCUGAACCCGAGCAGCGGCGGCGGAGGAGGACCAGCGCCGACCAUGCUCCCGGCCGGAGCGCUAGCCGGGGCGGUGCUGCUGGGCUCGGGCUCCGGCAGCAUGCCCGUGCCCAUGAACCUCUUCGCGACCUGGGAGAUAGACCGAUCAUCCCCGAGCUGCGUCCCGAGGCUCUGCAGUCUCACACUGAAAAAGCUGGUUGUCCUCAAAGAACUGGAUAAAGAGCUGAACUCCCUGUCUAUAGCUGUCAAAAUCCAGGGUUCAAAGCGUCUCCUCAGAUCAAAUGAGUACAUCCUCCCUCCCAGCGGACUGAUGGAGACUGAUCUGGAGCUCACAUUCUCACUACAGUACCCUCAUUUUCUGAAGAGGGACGCCAACAGACUGCAGAUCAUGCUGCAGAGGAGGAAACGCUACAAGAAUCGAACCAUUCUUGGCUUCAAAACUUUGGCUGUGGGAGUCAUCAAUAUGGCUGAGGUGAUGCAACACCCGACAGACGGAGGUCAAAUUCUGGGUCUCCAUAGCAACGUGAAGGAGGCGCCAGUGCGCGUGGCAGAGAUCAGCGUGUACUCUCUGUCCAGCCAGCCCAUCGACCACGAGGACGGAAGCGUCCAAGCUGGCCGCAAGACUAAAACCUCAGACCGCUCCCCAGACAUGGAUAAUUAUUCUGAGGAGGAUGAUGACAGCUACUCUUCAGAGCAAGAAGCCAGUGAUGACGCAGUUCAUGGCCAGGAUCUUUAUGACGAAGACGACGAGGUCAGGAAGCCCAAGAAAGCCCGGAGGAAAAUGAUCCGGACAACCUCCAUGACCAGGCAACCCAACUUCAAGCAGAAGUUCGUGGCCUUGCUUAAGAGGUUCAAGGUGACAGAUGAGGUCCUGGACUCUGACCCUGUAGACCAGACCCAGGAGGUGGAGGAGGAUCUGGACUUACUCUACGACAGUCUUGAAGUGUACAACCAGAGCGACAGCGGGCCAGAGAUGGAGGAUAACGAGAGCGUCCUUAGCACACCUAAACCUAAACUCAAGCCGUUUUUUGAAGGGAUGUCUCACUCCAGUUCUCAGACAGAAAUUGGAAGCAUACACAGCCAGAAAAGUCAGCAGAGAGAGCUGUCAUGUCCUAGUGGAGACUUUCUGACUGUGGACAGAUGUAAAGUACAAGGAGCUCGGUAUCAAGACGACAGCCCCACAGAUCCGACUGUUGUGGAGCCAGAGGCUGAAGACAAUGGGCCAGGGCCGGGGCCAGGGCCAGGGGAGGUGAGCACCUGGGAUGUCAACACUGAACGAAUGACCACUGUUGGCAAGCUCUGCAAGACAGAGUCCCAAAACCACAUGUCUCCCAGUAAAGUUGAGAACAAGCUGCAGAGGCGUCCUCGCAGCACCUCCAUGAAAGACAGACAGAACUCCAAGGCCCAGAGCGACAGAACCAGCAGCAUGGAGAGCGAGUACUCCCCAGAAUCACGGCUCAUAGCGCAGGUUCCCAGGAAGUCUGUGUACGACCAACUGAACCAGAUCCUCAUCUCUGACGAACGCCUUCCAGAGAGCAUCAUCCUCAUCAACACCAUGGAGUGGCAAGGACAGUAUGUGGCCGAGUUGCUCCACGAACAGGCCCAGCCCAUUGUGUCCACCUGCUCUGCUGCCGAUGUUCAGGCUGCCUUCAACACUAUCGUUACUCGCAUCCAGAGAUUCUGCAACUGCAACGCACAGACCCCGUCGACGAUGAAGGUGGCAGUGGCCGGCGACCAGAGUUACCUCAGCACCAUCCUGAGGUUCUUCGUGGAGCAGCUGGCCAACAAGACCCCUGACUGGCUCAGUUACAUACGCUUUCUGGUGAUCCCCAUAGGUUCUCAUCCCCUGGCAAAGUACGUGGCCUCCUUUGACAGCAAGUUCAACACCAUCUUCAUGGACACGGCAUGGAGGGAGCUGUUCUGCAGGACAGAUCGGCCCGCUUCAGAUAACAUAGAUGUAGCAGGACGAGUGGUUCAGUAUCUGGCCGGUGCCAACGUGUCCCACCAGUUCCCCAUCUCGGAGGCCAUGCUCACCUACAAACAGAAGAGCCCUGAUGAGGACUCCUGUCAGAAAUUUGUGCCAUUUAUCGGGGUUGUGAAAGUUGGAAUUGUGGAGCAAAGCCUCUCAACCUCAGUGGACUCAGAUGAUGCGAUGGGAGGCAACAUAAGCAUCCUGUCCUCCCCGACUCCCCCAUCAGCUGGUCUGUAUGGGAAGGAGAUUGGGGGCACCCCCCCGCAGUCCCCCUCUGUGUCCACCGCCCUCUCUGGAGCUGGUUCUCCAUGUUCGGGCAACGAGGUCAUGGGUCUUCAGGUGGACUACUGGACGGUGCAAGGCCCAGAGAAGAAGAAGGAGGGAGAGAAGAGAGACGUGGGACUGAAGAACACCCUGAAGAGUAAUUUCCGUUCACUGCAAGUCAGCCGCCUCCCGUGUGGAGGGGAGCUCACCCCCCCGCCCAGCAUGGCCAUGACCGUUGUUACCAAGGAGAAGAACAAGAAAGUGAUUUUUCUCAGCAAGAAGCCCAAGGAGAAAGAGCUGGACUCUAAGAGCCAAGUGAUUGAUGGUAUCAGCAGGUUGAUCUGCACAGCCAAGCACCAGCACACGAUGCUGAGAGUCACUAUUGACGGAGUGGAGUGGAAUGAUGUGAAGUUUUUCCAGCUUGCCGCCCAGUGGCCGACACAUGUCAAGCACUUCCCUGUUGGAAUCUUCGGUUACACUAAGCCCGUGUGACCCCGGCCGUCGUCACUGCAACCUCACCCACUACCAGACUCCCCGCCGCACUUGUCUCAUCGAGAGGUUUAGAGGAAAAGCCAACCGGCCGCUGGCAGUAAUAGUUUUCCUGUGGAAAUCUUACUGACUCACAACCAUGUUCAAUACACAAACUUCAUGUCGUCAAGUUGAUGUUUCGAUGUUGUUGGGUGUUGUUGUUUUGUUUUGUUUUCUACACACUACAGAAAGAACAAGUACUAUUUUGUAAGAAUUGUGCUACCGCCUCGGAGGUAUUUUGAGGCUUUUUGACAAUUUGCCACAUUUCGAUAAUGGCAGCUGUGUUUGCACUUUGUUUUUGUUAACAUUUUAUUAUUUCUGUGAAAUCCUACAUUUAUUGUUACUCUAUAGACAAUGGAGGAGUGUGGUGGUGACGUGCAGUGGCGUGCGUGAGGUUGUUUGAGACCGUGUUUGUGUUUGUUGUUGAAAGUUGGAAUAUUGCUGUGAAUCUAGAUGGAAUCCUUCUCUCCGAACUCAGUGCUCCGUUUUCUUACUCGUCCCUUUACGUUCUCCAAAAAGGUCCAUUUUCACAAAAAGGAACAAUGCGUUCUUUUUGCCUCGUUGCUUUCAAGCACACUGUGCAAAUCAAAAAAAAAAAAAAAAGGAAAACAACUGGAGCUGUGUAUUUUUGAAGGUAGCUAUGAUGAAUGUAGCUAUGACACAUUUGUAACAUGUAAGCCGUUCAUCCAAUGACUUCAUUCAUGUAAGUACUGGAGAUUUUGUACGGAUGUUAUUGUACAUUUGGAUUGUACAGUGACAGACCGUAGAAGCAGGGUAACGUGACACAGAAACAACACAUUUCAGCUGAAUGCCAAAUUUAGCUGCGACUCCAUGAGCUGUUGCACUAGUUUCUCCCUCUUUUGUUUUCCGCUCGAGUGUAAUCGGGCCUUUUUGGAGUAAAUUCAGGUUGUAACAGCCUUUCUUUGGCAAACACAGCCGCCCCCAUAUUCAGCUGACCCUGAGACACCAUCUCACACACCUGCAGUAACACAGCAAAUAACUGGAUCACUCCCGAUGUGCAGUGAUGUGCCAAAGUGGCGUUUGUUUCACAGUGUAACCACCAGAGCUCUUGCCUUGGCCAAAUAGUUUGUAAGAAUUAAAACUAAUAGAUAACAUAUGUGUGGUCCCUGUGGAGAUCAGUAUUUAGAUUACUGAGUUUUAAAAAAAAGAUAUAAAUUUACAGAUUAGUUUUCCACUUUUUUGGCCAAAUGUAGACGUGCACAUCCAAACCAACCGUUGUGCCCUUUCGCACGGCUUCGUCACGCAGGAGGCGCCCGACCUCAAACUGCUCAUUCAGUAGAUCUUUGUUCUGGGUCAAUUUCUAAUAGGAAUGAGCUGCUCUGAUUUGAAAUGUGCUUUGACAGUAGAGUUAAGCAAAAUGCGAGUAAUGUACUGCUUUUAAAACAUGAUGAAACGUGUGUGGAGUCUUGCCAGAAGUCACUGCCUGUGUGUGUGUGUGUCUGUGUGUAGCUGUGCUAUGUGUUCGAUGGUACUCCCUGAACAGUGUUGCGUGGAAUAUUUUUGCAAGAGGAUGAGUUUGCUUAUUUUUUCUUUUUUUUUUUAUAAAGUGAAGACUUACGAGCUUUGACAGGCUGGGCUUUUCGUUAGCAUUGUAUAUAAAUAUAUAUACAAGAUGUACUAUUGUGAACCGCAAACCCCCCACCCCCCUCCACUAAAUUGAAAGCACAAAUAGUGUACUUUUAUUUCUUGACGUAAAUACCAAAUAUAUUUACAGACUAUGAAGUUGACUUGUACAAUGCAAACGCUAUUAGGUUUGUUGUUUCUCAUACAUUUCCCUCACUUUGUGAUGCACUUUCAUGUGGUUUUAUACCUUCGCUCCGAUUGGGACACGCUUUGGUUUGAGGUGAAGUUUUCGAGGCGUUUAUGAAAUGUAAACCACUGCCUGUAGUCAAGAGAAGGCCUUUUUUGAUUCAGUUGAAAAUAACCCUUGUUCUCAUGAGGAUGUUGUGUUUAUGUUGACGGGUGUACGGCACCCGCUGGGGCCUGAAAACCGUCACAGUUGUCUGUUACUUCAAUGUUUUGACACUUGAUGCUCAAGUUUAUUUUGCAGCUGCCACAGAUGUCCCGUCUGCCCGCGACGUUUACACUCAAUUUUCUGGUCUCCUGCCUUUAUUUUGAAGGGUUCGGUCUUCUCUCGGCCACAAGGCUGACGGACCCCCGACAGAUUUUAGAACUCGGGCUGUGAAGUGUUUGCCGUGGCAGAGUUGAUUGAGGGAAUUUGUCAAAGUGAGUUAGCCUCUUAAAUACUAAACGGGCUAAAUGACAAGUGGAUUUCAAUGUAUUUGACCUCAAGUUUGUUUUUUUCCUUUGCCCUAAAUCUAGAGGUAGCAUGGGGGUGUUUUACAAGACUGGAUCAAUGAGCAGGCAUGUCGACUUUCACUAGUUUAGCAACCGACUAAACAUCUGUGUUAAUGUUCAUUGGUGGUCGAGCAACAUGCCAUCUCAUUGCUCCUGUUACUUGAAAUGCCGCCCAGUGUCUUUGCACAAACCCUAUUUUAAAUGACAUGACAGUAUUUUUAAAUUUACCACUAAAAAUAUGGGUUACUCUGCAUGUUUUACUAUAGAUGUAAAUAUGUUUUGGAUUUUUAUAUCGUUUUGUUUCUUUCCAUGCUCUCACAAGCAGUUGUGUUAAAUAAAAUUUUUAAUCUUC